AUGGAAUUGAACAAGGCAAUGUUUUUCUCGCAGCAGAGACUGGAUAACACAGACUUGCUUCUUCAAGACGUGUCAACCGACGGUUAAUGCGGUGCAACCGAUUGCGGGAACUCGGCAGAAGAAUGCCGCUCAAUCUGGGAGGGGGAAAUGAGUUUUAACCUUCGGCGUCGCUUGUUUCUCUUCAUGGAAUCAUCGGGUCGGGAGUUUGACGUCUCCGCUGCUGUCCGUGGAUUAACGCAAGACUCGACUCCGCUGUGAUCUAUCACGUUAAAAGUGUGAAUUUGUGGAGUAUUGCCCCGCUUCGAGUGCGAAACGGUAGCGUGAGUGGAGGAGAUUUAUCUCCUUUCGUGGUCGGAGAAGCUCGACAUCGAGUGAGUCCGGAUAAGACCAGCGGACACUUGUUGAAAUCGAGUUUCGCGAGAAAAGCUUGGCUCCAUUGCUUGGGAACUGAGCUAACGCCGUUAGCAAGGCAUUUGCUAACGGGGCACUCUUACUUUCUUUGUAACAGCUAAAUAUCCUGACGGUAACCUACACAGAUAUGUUUCUACUCCUUACGGCUUGGUGAAAGGUUAGUAUGAAAAGUUGGCAAAGUGCGUCUGUGGAAAAUGUUCGAGGCGGCUUUGACAGCAAUUUCGCUAACCUAGCCCCUAGUGGCAUCGCUUCUUGUAUCCGUUCACCUCCAUGAUGUUAGCUUUGACAGCUAAAGCUAUGUCAACGUCAAACUCGUACAAGUGGCUCAAUGGAGAUGUCAAUAUGAAGUUCUGUUGUAUCAUUAACUUCGGUUGAUCGACAGACAGGCCACUGUCGUCCACAUUAACUUGCAGCCAUUUAAUAGUUGGAAAUACUCAAUUAAAAAAAAAAAAAAAAAAAAAAGUUAUCCGUUUCGCCGUUAUACUCGGCUGUGACGCAAAUUCUAACGUUGAUCCACGAGGAAUGAGUGAUAUAAUUGUACUUUUUCCAAUGGCGUGCCUACUGAGAGAGCUUGAAAACUAGAUUAAAAGCACCGCCGCAGACUCUUCGUUCCUUAAAUCGCUGAAGUUGUAGGACGAUGUCCGGCUCCCCGGGCACAGGGGGCUCAAACCCCAGAAAGUUCAGUGAAAAGAUUGCGCUGCAUAACCAGAAGCAAGCAGAGGAGACGCGGGCCUUCGAACAGCUGAUGACGGACCUCACUGUCUCAAGGGUGCAGUUCCAGAAAAUCCAGCAGCUUCGUUUGUCUCAAUCACGACCACAGUACUACGGCGGCUCUUUGCCCAAUGUCAAUCAGAUUGGCAACACAAGCACUGAAUUUCAGGGAGGCUUUCCAUCAGGGUUGGAUUCUGUAAGAGGUACUCGCCACCAUGGAUUGGUCGAGAGGGUCCACAGGGAACGUAACAGGAUUAACUCUCCCCAUCGCAGACCCAUUGACAAGCAUGGACGGCAGAUAGAGAGUUCUCCAUAUGGAACCGUAUACCUGUCCCCACCUCCAGACAACAACUGGAGAAGGGAUCAGCCCCCGUGGAGUGAGGAAAAGCGGCCUGGGUUUAGAUUAAUAUCACAACUCAACAGAACCAACUCAGACUCUGCUCUUCAUACGAGUGCUAUGAACCCUCAGGACCCCUUCAGUGUGAUCCAGCAGAUGGGUCGAGGGCCCCCAUACCACAAUGGCUGGCAUGCAGCUAGUGUAAAUGAGGCAGCGGUGGAUGGGUCUGGAGACGUCUUCUCUUUCCCUGCGCUACCUAAUGAGGAGGGUCUCAGAGGUGUCAGUAAACCCCUCCCCAAGCAGCUGUGGGAAGCCAAGAAGGUCCAGUCUCUCGCUUUGAGGCCUAAAUCAUGUGAAGUGCCUGGUAUCAAUAUUUUCCCAUCCCCGGAGCAAAACCCUGGCCUCUCCCACUAUCAGGGCUCAUUAAAUACUGGAGGCUCCUUACCUGAUCUCAGCAACCUGCACUUCCCGUCCCCUCUCUCAACUCCAUUGGACCCUGAGGACAAUGGUGGAUACCCAAAUCUCAGCGGAGGUAGCAGCACAGGAAAUUUGCCAGCUGCCAUGAUGCACCUUGGUAUUAGCCAUUCACAAGGCCGCUCCUCUUCUCUGAGUAAUCCCACAAUUCAAGCUUCCCUCAACAACUGUCAGCUUCAGUCUUCUCUCAGCAAUCCCUCCAUAAAUUCUUCUCUGCGCCUUUCUGGUAACUCCCCUCGGCGAAGACCAGCACCCAUCAGCCCGCUCACCCUUUCUCCUGGCGCUGAGCCGCGUCGGGGCGUGUCUAAGCAGUUGUCUCCCACCAUGUCUCCAUCAUUGUCCCCUAUCACACAGGGAAUUCCUUUAGAUACCAGCAACACACCAAGGGAGCCACCCCCUCCUUAUCCACUCUACCAGCAAUCGCAGCAUGCAGUGGACCAGGCGCGUCACUGCCAGCAGCAGCACCAACAUCAACAUCAGCCUGUUCCCCCUCUGCAAAGCAUUGCACUGGACUUUAACCCAAGCCAACACAACAAUAUGGCAGCACUCUUCAGUGACUCAUUCAUGGAGCAACAAUUCUCCAGUUGCCACAACAAAACCCUCCGGUACCAGUUGGACCAGUUCAGUCUGCUGGAAAAUGCGAUGAGCUCCACAGCGGGUGGAUCUUGCUUCGACCCUUCGUCAUCGUCUUUGUACUCCUCCCAGGCGGCCCUCACAGGGCUGAGGGGCAGCCAUGGCAACCUGCAUAACCCCAUGCAAAUGGCUUCAAACAUGCUGUACUCCAAUUGCACUGGAGGGUUGCCCAACAUCAUACUCACUGAUGAGUCCAACCCCAGUCUGUCAAAGGACAUCAGCAACGUGCUCUCGACGGUGCCGGAGUGUUUCGACUCGGAAGGAGGCUUCCCGCUGGAAGACGAGUUGCACAUUGAGCCCCUCAGCCUGGAUGGUCUGAGCAUGCUCAGUGAUCCCGACAUGGUGCUGCCAGACCCAUCUGUGGAGGACACUUUCCGUAGUGACAGACUCUGAAGGGGACAUGUGAUCCCCCUUUUCCGGCAAACAUAAACACACACACUCACAUUUUCAGGAUAAAGAGCGCGAAGUGCAUGAAUCUGAAUAUGCAUGCAUUCGGUAGGUCGACUGCGCAUGCAUUGACUGCCACUAAAAAUCAUCAAAUGUGAACAAUCUGGAUACAGUGCACGCAGUUAUACACAAACACGCACACUUUUGGAGAAGUUGCAUGUUAAAGAAAUCUGGUUUACACCUGCUCCAUGCAAAGGUACCUUCACACUUGUUUAAGCUCAUAUUUCAUCAUUAGACAUUGAUGGUGGAAUAAAACCAGUCACGGGAGUCACAAAAUCAGCUAAAUGUGUUGAUCCAUUGAGGAGUCUGGGCCAUUCUGUUUUUGUCCCUCCCCUUUCACAGCCAACCUUCAUAGCCAUGGCAGCAUUGCUGCCAAGGUUACAUUACUGUGCUGAAGAGGAGCAGAGAUGCCAACGCACAAUUGACUUUUCUCACAGCUCCUGUAAAUGAGUGAAAGUCAAAUGAGAGGUCCCCUGCGGGAGCAGUUGCGUGCGGCCGAGGUAAACAUCCGAUUCCUUCCAGCUGACAUAUCAAACAAUUUCAUGCUCUUGAAUAUAUGGAGAAGGGAAAAGACUAGGAGCAUCAGAGAUGUUGUUUGGAAUCUAUAUACUAAUAUACAAGUUGUAAUUUUAGUAUGAUUAGAAUGUACUACAAAACAAAAAAGGGCAAAAUGUUUACAAAGAUAUAUUAUUUUCAGUACGUUACUAAAGAAUAUAGACGUUUGGAUUUAUAACUAAGAGCUAAAAUUCUCAUGUGCUGCAUAAAGGCUAUAUUCCCUCAGCGGGGAGACAUUUUUUUUUUUUGGACAUUAUGCAUACAUUUUUAAAGAUGAAAUUUAACAAUUUCUUUUUUUUUUUAUUUUUUUUUUUUAGUUACAUCCAUGUAUGUUUAUUUGGAGUUUUGUACCAACUUGUACUGGCGCUUGCACUGUGCUUGAAUGUUGUAAGUAAGCAAGAGAUUAUCUGGAUCACUUGUGUUUGCAGUACAGUAAACCCCCUUGUGUGGCUGAAAAGACAAAGUGACUGAACGCAGAUGACUCAUGUGGACAUGGGAUAACAUGUAACAUUGCACUUCGUCUUUUGCACUGAUUGGUUCAUGGCGUCUUACACAUCUUGAAUGUUAUUUUUUAAACUGACAACCCAAAGAUAUUGAAUGAAGCCAUUAUGAAGAUAAUGAAAUUCACGAGAAUUUAGUAGUAGUUGCAUUGAUGUAGUUUGGUUUCAUUUAUAUAUAUAUAUAUAUAUAUAUAUAUAUAUAUAUAUAUAUAUAUAUAUAUAUAUAUAUAUAUAGUGGGUACGGAAAGUAUUCUGACCCCCUUAAAUUUUUCACAGAUAUAUUGUAGCCAUUUGCUAAAUUCAUUUAAGUUCUCUUUAUUUUCCUCAAUGUACACACAGCACCCCAUAUUGACAGAAAAAAAACAGAAUUGUUGAAAAUGUUGCUGAUUUAUUAAAAAAAAGAAAAACUGAAAUAUCACACAGCCAUAAGUAUUUUGACCCUUUGCUCAGUAUUUAAUAGAAGCACCCUUUUGCAGCUAAUACAGCCAUGAGUCUUUUGGGAAUGAUGCAGUAUUUCACACCUGGAUUUGGGGAUGCUCUGGCAUUCUUCCUUGCAGAUCCUCUCCAGUUCGGUCAGGUUUGAUGGUGAAUGUUGGUGGACAGCCAUUUUCAGGUAUCUCCAGAGAUGCUCGAUUGGGUUUAAGUCAGGGCUCUGGCUGGGCCAUUCAAGAACAGUCACGGAGUUGUUCGGAAGCCACUCCUUCGUUAUUUUAGCUGUCUGGUUAGGGUCAUUAUCUUGUUGGAAGGUGAACCUUCGGCCCAGUCUGAGGUCCUGAGCACUCUGGAGAAGGUUUUCGUCCAGGAUAUCCCUGUACUUGGCCGCAUUCAUUUUUCCUUUGAUUGUAACCAGUCGUCCUGUCCCUGCCGCUGAAAACACCCCCACAGCAUGGUGCUGGGGACUGUAUUGGACAGGUGAUGAGCAGUGCCUGGUUUUCUCCACACAUACCGCUUAGAAUGAAGGCCAAAAUGUUCUAUCUUGGUCUUGUCAGACCAGAGAAUUUUAUUUCUCACCAUCUUGGAGUCCUUAAGGUGUUUUUUUUUUUGUUUUUUUUUUAGCAAACUCCAUGUGUCUUGCACUGAGGAGAGGCUUCCGUCGGGCCACUCUGCCAUAAAUCCCUGACAGGUGGAGGGCUGCAGUGAUGGUUGACUUUCUAGAACUUUCGCCCAUCUCCCAACUGCAUCUCUGGAGCUCAGCCACAGUGAUCUUUGGGUUCUUCUUUACCUCUCUCACCAACGAUCUUCUCCCCCGAUUGCUCAGUUUGGCCGGACGGCCAGCUCUAGGAAGGGUUCUGGUCGUCCCAAACGUCUUCCAUUUAAGGAUUAUGGAGGCCAUUGUAGGAACAUUAAGUUUAAGAAAUUUGUUUGUAACCUUGGCCUUGCCACAAUUCUGUCUUUGAGCACUUCAGGCAGUUCCUUUGACCUGAAGCCACACACAGGUGUGUGGCUUUCCUAAUCAAGUCCAAUCAGUAUUAUCAAACACAGCUGGGGACUCCAAUAAAGGUGUAGAACCAUCUCAAGGAUGAUCAAAAAAAAUGGACAGCAUCUGAGUUUAAUAUAUGAGUGUCACAGCAAAGGGUCUGAAUUCUUGGCUGUGUGAUAUUUUCAGUUUUUCUUCUUUAAUAAAUCUGCAACAGUUCUGUUUUUUUCUGUCAGUAAGGGCUGCUCUGUGUACAUUAAUGAAGGAAAAAAUGUAACUAAAAUGAUUUUAGCAAAUGGCUGCAAUAUAACAAAGUGACUGUGACCCACUGUAUAUACACACACACACAGUUAGCCCCAAAAAUAUUUGGACAGUGACAGUGUUUUAUUUUAGCUGUUUACGAAAAAUAUUCAGGAUACAAUUAUAUAAUCAAUAUGGGCAGAUUCUCAGCUGUAAUUUGAGAGUAUCCACAUCUAAAUUGGAGAAAGGGUUUAGGAAUUACAGCUCUUUAAUACGUUGCCACCUCUUUUUCAAGGGACCAGAAAUAAUUGGACAAUUGGCUCAGAAGGCUGCAAAAAAAAAACAUGGCUGCAUGGGCUCUUCCCUCGUUAGCCUCUCGUCAAUUAAGCAGUUAAAAGGUCUGGAGUUGAUUCCAGGUGUGGCAUUUGCAUUUGUAAGCGGUUACUGUGAACACACAUCAUCAGCAGUCAAAGGAGCUCUCAAUGGAGGUAAAACAGACCAUCCUGAGAAGAAAUCCAUCAGAGAGAGCAGAAAUGUUCGGAGUGGCCAAAUCAACAGUUUGGUACAUUCUGCGAAAAACACUGAUCUAAAAAAAAAAUAAAUAAAACUGGACAUCCACAGAAGACAACAGUGGUGGAUGAUCGCAGAAUCCUUUCCAUGGUGAAGAAAAAACCCUUCACAACUUCCACACAAGUGUAGAACACUCUCCAGGAAGAACAUGUAUCAGUAUCUCAGCCUCAUGGGAGGCAAUACAAAGGAUUCAUCACAAGGUGCAUACCAUUAAUCAGCCUCAAAAAUACAAAGGCCAGAAUUGACUUUGGCCAAAAACACCUAAAGACUCCAGCCCAGUUCUGGAAUAGCAUUGUUCAGACAGAUUAGACUAAGACCAACCUGUUCCACAAUGAUGGGAAGAAGAAAGUUUGGAGAAGAAUUUGAACAGAUCCAAAGCACACCACAUCUUCUGUAAAACAGGGUGGAGGCAGUGUGAUGGGAUGGGCAUGCAUGGCUUCCAAUGGCACUGGGUCACUUGUGUUUAUUGAUGUGACAAAAGACAGAAGCAGACGGAUGAAUUCUGAAGUGUAGAGGGAUAUACUUUCUGCUCAGAUUCAGCCAAAUGCAGCAAAGGUGAACGACACUUCACAGUACAGAUGCAACCCAGGAAUUUUUUUAAAGCAAAGAAGUGGAAUAUUCUGCAAUGGCCGAGUCAGUCACCAGAUCUCAACCCAAUCGAGCAUGAAUUUCACUUGCUCAAGACAAAACUUAAGGCAGAAAGACCCACAAACAAGCAACAACUGAAGACAGCUGCAGUAAAGGCCUGGCAAAGCAUUAAAAACCCACCGGUGGGUUCCAGACAUCAGGGAGUCAUUGCCUGCAAAGGAUUGUCAACAAAAUAUUGAAAAGUAACAUUUUACUUAGGCUUAUGUUUAUUUGUCCAAUUACUUUUGAGCCCUCAAAAUAAGGCGGUUUCGUAUAGAAAAUAGCUACAAAUCCUACGUUUAAUCGUAUAUUUUUGUUUCAACCCCUUAAAAGUCUGCACUUCAAUUCCGCUGUUGUUGUUCCAGUUCAAAUCCAAAGUGGUGGCAUGCAGAGCCCAACUCAUGAAGAUUGUGCCACUGUCCAAAUAUUUCUGAGCCUAACUGCGAGCGCGUGUAUAAACGUGUGUGUGUGUGUGUCUGUGUGUGCGUGCGUGCGUGGGCGUGUGUGUGUGUGUGUGUAUAAUCUUUAUAACAAGCUGAUGUCGAGCAAUCUGCCUUUUGGGGCAUUGAGUGCCCCUGUUGUCUACUUCACUGAAAGUCAGGGACUGCAAUUCAAAGAGCUAUAUUUUUAAUAUUGUUAAUGAAAGGAUAAAGAGCAUUGUUCUGGCUUUUCUCCGUUAGCUAUGCAACUGGUUUCUGUUCCCCCCCCCCCCCCCCCCACCUGUUGAACAGGUGCAUCAUUUACACUUGUCAUACGUAUGGCCCGCGGGCCAGAACCGGCCCGUCGGGGUUGGAGAACACAUUCAGUGCUAUUUUUCAAUAAAAGUAAUUUUUGUUGCUAAUUUUGUCCACUGGAGGGUGCACUGACAACACUUAAAAUGCCAUUGAUGCACUUAUGGAAGCCAAACAAUGCCAAGUUUCAGGAGCACACUAAUAUAAAAUGGUGUGCCAUGUUCACACUGUGAAAAUAAAUACUUCCUGUAGAAAUGUUUUAAGACAUUGAAUAUUACAAAAUUUCAGUCACAAGCUUCACUUCAAAAGAGAUUGGUUUGUUUGGAACCUUUUUUUUUUUUUUUGUUUUGUUUUUCAUGCACUUGAAGGGUGCACGCUCACUGAGUAGUAAUACUGUUGAAAUCAUUUUUGGUUAAAAAUUUCACACUGCUCACAUGAUUUGCACCAAAUUUUGCAACAAGACAAUAAUGAAUAAAUGUGAAUAUUUUCCAAAAAUACUUGUAAUUAUUUGCGCCAAAACAGUGGGGAAAUCUUUGAAUAGUUAUUUAUGGAUUUUUAAGCCACAAAUAUUGUGGUCCGGCCCUCGAGAUCUAAUUGGAGUAAAUGUGGCCCGCGAACUAAAAUAGGUUUGACACCCCUGAUAUACACUAUGCAGUUUAACUAACCAUGCCGGUUUUGUUGUUGAUGAUUUUAAUAUGGGCAGAUCAUGUUGUGAAGUCACAAUAUUACAUGUGUCCAGUGUCCACAGUGUUUAUUCUUCAGUCUGCAGUGCCAUUACAAACGGCACUAUAUUUUAAUGGCACUGUUUGCGCUUUACUUUUCAGUCAGAAGAUGAUGCACGGGUACAAAAGAGCUUCACCUUUAUGAUAUGUCGUUGAAAAGGAAGGAGGUGUUGGGGUUUGUUUAUUAGUUUAUAUUUAGUUUGAGCUCCUAUAGAUUUGUACUGGCCUUGCUGUAAACACCAUGAGACAGUGGGGUCACUGUGCGUGAUGGAGCCACUUUUCCGUUGUUGUUUUUUUUUUGCCUAAAAGCAUCUAAAGUGUAUUUCUAUCUGUCGGCUGUCUGUUUCCUGCUGUUUGUCUUUCGAUGCCUACCUUCUGCUGCCUUACAUGUGGAUUUGAACUUUUUAUAUUCCAGCUAGGCACCGCUUUUCUAUAGCCUUAGUUUGUGUCGGCUGCCUGUGGUUUUCUGUCACUUAGUAUCACUUUUGUCUUUUUAGCCACAUUAUGUACAGUUCUGUUAUUUAAAGUGUCCACUAGUAUUGCUACUUAUUUUGGAAUCUGAUCUAUGUUUAAUAUAUGUUUAGUGCUGACCAUCUUUGGUUGAAUAUAAACAAUAAAAGUCAUAACUGUGUACGAUAA